AUGCCUGGGCGUUCAGCCAGUGAGGCAGGAGGCGUAGCCCCCUCAGCCGAGCUGGGAGCUCCACUCAGCGCCACAGGGGCGACCUCUGCUAGGUCCUCCAGCGGGCGCGGUCAUCUGUUACACUCAAGCGCAUCUGCCAGCUUCUGCCUCGGCGAAGCCGUUCCUGCCCACGGUCAACACGCUUUGGCAAAUGCCGGAGAGGUGGUUCACGUAGGCCGCGGUGGGGGCCAGUCGCAGCGGAGUUGCCUCCCCACCAUCAUCGACACGCCGGCGACUGGGCCGACUGCCGUUGGUGCGUCUUCUCUUCGCUGUGACUUCACUUCUCCACCAGCGGUUUUGGUGGCAGGCGUACCGAUGAGCAGCCACGUCUCCACACCAGCCCAGUCUACCCACGCUGCUGACACGCGGUCUGUUCAGCUUCUUCAGCACCUGCAGCAGUUGCUUCAGAGCAACGUACCGACGGCGAUGCUGCAGCAGUGGGUGUCCGCCCAGCUUCUCCAAGCCACAUCGACUGCCACCGUUGCGCGACCUCCCGCUGCUGUCGUAGUUGUCUCCUCGUCAUCUGCGAGACCGCCCGCCCUCACCGCCCUGCCACCUUCGGCACUGGGGCAGCCGACAACUCCACGCAUCCCCGGUGGCAGUCGCCCACCGCGACGGCCCGCGCCGGCAGUGUCCUUUUCGGCUUUCACCUACCCACAUCGUCAAACGCAGCAGCAGCAGCAACUCUCAGAACAGCAGGGCAGCCCUCUGGACCACGUCCAUGUUUCUUCCGAACCGUCCUUCACCCCAUCUACCAUCGGAUGCGUGUGCGCCCCAAACAGCGGCAGCGCCCCCAGUGCUCUGACGUCGGCGGUCGACGGAGGCGCAGUUGCGCUCGCGCCAGCGAUGUGCAGCGACACGUCGGUGGUUGUCACGGUGCCGUCGAAGGCUGACAUCGAAGCACCUCUAUCAGGGCCCUCCCUGCCGUUUUUGGCAGGCUCGGCGGUGGUGCCGUCAGUGGAGAGGGGGGGGCCCUGCCCCAGCGUCAAUGAUCCGCUCGCCAGCGGUGCUUGCAAUGACGUCGACCCGGCAGAGGCUCAUCAGCGUUUCUCGGGCAAAGGCCUACGAAAGACUUCGCGACUGCACCGGCAGCACUCCCAGUGUUGCUCGCUUCGAAGCCACAGCAGCAACACCGGCUGCAGUUCUCCCACUACCCCAUCUAGUGGGGUGUGGCCGGCGACGGUGUCCGGAACGGGUGCCAAAAUCGCCCCUCCGACCAUCAUUUCCCACUCAAGGUCUCCUAGCCCUGCAGGUUCCCCGACGCAUUGCCGCAUCGCCUCUGCGCUGCACUCAGCCACCAAAGCAGCGAUUCACGCGACAACGUCCCAGCUGGUGGCAGUGAAGCAGCGGAACAUCUCACUGCUGCUCGGAGAACGUUUCUCGCGUCACCCCCAAAAUCUUGUCCGGCGCGUGGCAACGCCACUUGUGCACGUCGGCAGCGGCUUGUCUGGGACCUCGGCGUUGUCUGGGGCGACUUUCUCGCAGGGCCGCUCAUUCUGUGAGCGCGACUUCACCGCAGACGGCGACAACUCCAGCCUCGCUAACGAGAAUACAGUGCUCGAGCGCGUCGAGGCACCGACCGGCCCGUUGGUCGCGCCACAGACGCGGUUCCCAUCGGUGGCGAGCGCUCCGAUCCAGGUGACGGAGGGGGGGGCUGCCGUGGCAGCGGCGGGGUUUUCGGCUCGUUGCGCUUCUUUGCCAUCGGUGGCCGCAGCCGCUUCUGCCAGUGGCCCGGCGCGCAAAGUACCGGCCAGCCGCUCAUCGCGUGCCAUCACUCCACUCAGUCUGCUGGUGACGGUCAUGGACGUCUCCGAGAGCGGCAGCUCUGGGGUGCCAUCCCUUCGCGGCAAUGGCAGCGUAAGCGACGACCGCAGCCCCGUGUCAAACGCACCGUGCGGCUGCAACGCCGCCGCUGCUGCCGCCCCGUCGCCGUUGCCUGCAUCCGCGGAGUCUGCAUCAAUCCACCGAUGCACCGACAGCAUCCCUUCAGAGCAGCCCGCGAAUGCAGAGGCAGAAGCUCAGCUCAAGCUGUUGCUGCAACGGGGUCGGCCGAGCAGCGCCUUGUCGGCUGUGAUGGCUGCGCACCCGCUGACGGCGGUCACAGAGGCUGCUUCAGGCUAUGUCCCAGAGCCGGUGGCGGCCACGGAAGUGCCGGACGUCAUUUCCCUCGUUGCGGCUGAUACGGAGGGCGCGAGCGUGCCCUGCACCCCUUUCCGAGAGCCGUCAUCGCACACCAACUCGUCCCUGCUCAGCGGCGGCGACUCGCACCAGCUGCCACGUUGGUGGGGCGGCUCUGCCGCCCAUGACGGUGAGCGUUACCACCUCCCUCAUCGCGGUGCCGCCUUGACCCUGCCUGCAGUGAACGCCUCCGCCACUCCACUCGCGUGGGCGCAGCCGCCGAACGUGAAUUCACACGCACUUGGCUUGGAUGCGUCGCUCUCGCAGCUUGCCCCGUUGCCAUCCGCGGUGAUUCAAGUCACACGCCAGGUGUCCGUGACGCCGCGGAGGGCGGCCAGCUUCGUCUCCAACGCCAGCAGCCGCCUCGGUUGCGGUGGUGCGACCGGGGGGCACGGCGCCGCUACGCUCCACAACGUCGCCGGCCAAGAUUCUUUUUCUCUGCAUGACGACGUGCCGAGUUUUAACAGCAGCCACACCGCUGGCAUGUCGUCCAUCGGCGAUGGCGCGAGCAGCAAUCGCCGUCGCCGUUUCUCCGUGCUUCACCUGAGCCGCUCGUCUAUGAACGGCGGUGUAGACCCCAUGGACGGAGUUAUGCCGAGCUUCAUCCUCGAUAACAUCAAUGGGGCGCAGCGCCGCUCAGGCCCGCGCUUCUUGCGCUCCUUCUGCCGUCACACGCCUGUGCGAGCCGCGGAGAGCGUGACGCGCGAGGCGCUGAGGGGGCUUGGGGUGCCGUUCAUUGCAGACAUUGACCAGGCCUCGGUCCCAACAGACGUCUUGAAACUGAUGGACGCACACAGGUUCACGGACAGCUGCGCCUUCUACGUGACGAUGUGCCUCAACGUGUUUCUGCGCUACGGGCUCGUGCAGCGCUUCGGAUGGAACCUGCAGAAGCUGAAGAGGUUCUUCGAGGUGGCCGCGACGUACUUCCGCGGCGGAAACCCUUUCCACAAUCCGGUGCACGCCGUCGACGUUGUCAUGGCGGCUCACCAGUGGCUCAACGAGGGGAGCACCGGCGCCGCACUUUCCGAUGAUGAGGCGAUGACGUUUUUGUUCACCGCCAUGGUGCAGCAGCUCGCUCACACAGGCGCCGACAACCGCUUGCUUGGACAGCUGAAGCACCCGUACGCGAUGCUCUGCAGCUACGCGUCGCCUCAGCAGGGUGCCACUGUCGCACUGGUGAUGGCGCUAUUGAGUCGACCAGAGCUCCAUUUCUUUCCUGUUCCCUUCCUCGCCACAGCUCACACUGCUGACGCCAGUGACAUUGCCGACUCGGCCGUUGUAAAGGAGUGGACCACGAGCCGCGAGUCGCAGAUGUACGAUAUGCUGGCUGACCUUAUCAUGGCCACAGACGAGCGCAACCAUGCCACGCUGAAGCACAACAUCGUGCGCAUAGGGGAGGAGAACGCGCGGCGGCACGGCUGCAUGUGUGCUUGCACCCACACCGCCCACUCCUCCCCCCAAGCCGACACCGCGACGCGGCCGCUGUACCCGUCCCAGCCGGGCAACUUCUGUCUCAACUGCUGCGCCUACAUCACUGACGCGCACGUGCCCGACCUGCUGAAAGCGGUGCUGCACUUUAUCGACUUUGCGUACCUGUUCCGCCCUUACCCGGUUUACCUGUGCGGCAACAUCACCUACACGGCGGAGCUGUACCGGCAAAGCCAGCGGGAGUACCAGCUGCUGCAACGCUUGCAGGAGCAGCAGCUGCCAAGAGCCUUGCCGGAUGAGGCGGAUGGGGAGAGGGUUGGAGAGGAAGUGCCGCGGAGGCGGUCUGCUGCUCAAAUCCCCGGUGCACUCUUCUCCGCGCCGGCGACGGACGCGUACACGCCGGCGGUAGCGUUUGCCACGGCGCUGCUGGCAGAGCAACAACCUUGGCGGCAAGGCGUCGCUCAAGCCUCCACCAUGACUUCGCUGCAGCGCAACGGCGAUGAGGCUGUGAUAGUUGCGGACACUCCCCCGCAGUCGCGCCGUGUGACGGACGUGACGCUGCCGAGCGGGACGACAGCGCGUCGCCACUCCUCUAUGUAUCCGCCACUGCUGGCACUGGACGCGCAGCUGAUGCAGCAGGCGACGAGAGCGUCACAGGAUGAGGAAGCCUCUGCCUCGAAUGCGCUGGACAGUGAGACGCGCGCACAGCCCCUCAAAAGUCUCGGCCGCGAUAUUGUGCUCAUUAGCCUGGAGGACUUGUGCUUGCCCUUCCUCGAGCAGCUAUCCCCGUAUAUGCCGGAGGCGUGGGUGGCGGCGAGUUACCAGAACCAUCAGCGGCUGAUGAAGUCUCUUCCAACCCCGGAGAAGUUUGAUGAGAUCGUCAAUCGGUUGCUCGGCAUGGGCGAGGAAACAGAGGCUGAGAGGCUCGAGGAGGAUAUGAAUAAGGAGGGCGAGUUCGAGGAUGAGGAGACGGAUUGGCUUGCUGCUGAGCGUCCGUUUACGCUACCGUGGCGGCUGCUGCGUCCGAUGCGCCCCAUUGAAGCAGAGUGGACGGUGGACAAGGACGGUCUGGUGCGACGUGUGGUGAAAGAGAUCAUGAGAGGGCCCGAUCAGCUGCUGAAAGAAAGCGAUGCGAGCUGA